GCGGCGGCGGGUGUAAAGGUCGGUCGGUCGGUCGGUCUGUCUGUCCGUCGGUCCGGCGGGCGCCGCUCGCUGCCUACCGGCCCCAUGCCCCGCGCCUAAGAGCCGCCCGCCCCGGCCAUGUCCACCGCGCAGCUCUACACCAAGUAUACUAGGGUUUGGAUUCCUGACCCUGAUGAAGUUUGGAGAUCAGCAGAAAUUAUCAAGGAUUACAAAGAGGGAGAUAAAAGCCUCCAUCUGAAACUUGAAGAUGAAACUCUCUACGAAUAUCCUAUUGAUCUCCAAGGAAAUGAGCUGCCUUUCCUGCGCAAUCCAGAUAUCCUGGUGGGAGAGAAUGACCUGACAGCCCUGAGCUACCUGCACGAGCCCGCGGUCCUCCACAACCUCAAAGUCAGGUUCCUCGAGUCCAACCACAUCUACACGUACUGUGGUAUUGUACUUGUUGCCAUCAAUCCAUAUGAGCAGCUGCCAAUCUACGAACAAGAUGUCAUCUAUGCGUACAGUGGCCAAAACAUGGGGGAUAUGGAUCCUCACAUCUUUGCGGUGGCAGAGGAAGCCUAUAAGCAAAUGGCCAGGGAUGAGAAGAACCAGUCCAUCAUCGUGAGUGGUGAGUCAGGUGCUGGAAAGACUGUCUCUGCCAAAUAUGCCAUGCGCUUCUUUGCAACCGUCGGUGGUUCUGCCAGCGACACCAACAUCGAAGCCAAAGUCCUUGCAUCGAGCCCAAUUAUGGAGGCAAUUGGAAAUGCUAAAACAACAAGGAAUGACAACAGCAGUCGCUUUGGGAAAUACAUUCAGAUCGGCUUUGAUAAAAGAUACCACAUCAUUGGUGCCAACAUGAGGACGUAUCUGUUGGAAAAAUCACGAGUUGUAUUCCAGGCAGAGGACGAGCGCAACUACCACAUCUUCUAUCAGCUUUGUGCCUCAGCGAGUCUUCCAGAAUUCAAAGACCUUGGACUAACAUGUGCCGAAGACUUUUUCUACACUUCUCAGGGAGGUGACACGUCUAUUGAUGGCGUGGAUGAUGCUGAUGACUUUGAGAAAACCAGGCAUGCCUUCACCCUGCUUGGAGUGAAGGAGUCUCAUCAGACAACCAUUUUUAGGAUAAUUGCUGCCAUUCUGCACCUAGGGAACUUGGAAAUCCAAGCGGAAAGAGACGGUGAUGCCUGUAGCGUAUCGAGCGAGGACGAGCACUUGAACAACUUCUGUGGCUUGCUGGGAGUGGAGCACAGCCAGAUGCAGCACUGGCUUUGCCAUCGUAAGCUCGUCACCACAUCCGAGACCUACGUGAAGAGCAUGUCUGUGCAGCAAGUGGUGAACGCCAGGAACGCCCUGGCCAAGCACAUCUAUGCCCGGCUCUUCAACUGGAUCGUGCAGCACAUCAACAAGGCCCUGCACACCACCGUCAAGCAGCACUCCUUCAUCGGCGUGCUCGAUAUCUAUGGGUUUGAAACUUUUGAAGUGAAUAGCUUUGAACAGUUCUGUAUCAACUAUGCCAACGAAAAGCUCCAGCAGCAGUUCAACUCGCACGUGUUUAAGCUGGAACAAGAAGAGUACAUGAAGGAGGGAAUCCCUUGGACUCUCAUAGACUUCUACGAUAACCAGCCCUGCAUAGACCUUAUAGAGGCAAAACUUGGUAUCUUGGACUUACUGGAUGAAGAGUGCAAGGUUCCCAAAGGCACUGACCAGAACUGGGCGCAGAAGCUGUACGACCGGCACGCCAGCACCCAGCACUUCCAGAAGCCCCGCAUGUCCAACACCUCCUUCAUCGUCCUGCACUUUGCCGAUAAGGUGGAAUACCAGAGCGAGGGAUUUCUGGAGAAGAACAGGGACACCGUGUAUGAGGAACAGAUCAACAUCCUGAAAGCCAGCAAGUAUCAAAUGGUGGCAGACUUAUUCCAAGAUGAGAAGGAUGCUGCACCCACCACUUCCAUGGCAAAAGGAACAUCCAAAAUCAGUGUCCGUUCUGCCAGACCAGUGAUCAAAGCUGCCAAUAAGGAGCACAAGAAAACGGUGGGGCACCAGUUCCGCAACUCGCUGCAUUUGCUGAUGGAGACUCUGAACGCCACCACCCCGCACUACGUGCGCUGCAUCAAGCCGAACGAUGAGAAGCUCCCCUUUAAAUUUGAUCCGAAAAGAGCGGUACAGCAGCUGAGAGCUUGUGGAGUGCUGGAGACCAUCCGCAUCAGUGCAGCUGGCUUCCCGUCCAGAUGGUCCUACCACGACUUUUUCAAUAGGUAUCGUGUUCUUAUGAAAAAGAGAGACCUCUCCAAGAAUGACAAGAAGCAGAUCUGUCAGACCCUGUUGGAAGACCUCAUUAAGGAUCCAGACAAGUUCCAGUUUGGACGUACCAAGAUCUUUUUCCGUGCAGGCCAGGUGGCAUAUCUGGAGAAACUGCGAGCAGAUAAGUUCAGAGCUGCCACAAUCAUGAUUCAGAAGACGGUGCGGGGCUGGCUGCAGAGGGUCAAGUACAAAAGGCUGAGACAAGCUGCAAUGGUCAUCCAGCGCUACACGCGUGGGCACCUGGCCCGGAGACUUGCUGAGCACCUGAGGAGGACGAGAGCUGCCAUCGUUUUCCAGAAGCAGUACCGAAUGCUGCGGAUCCUCCGAGCUUUCCAGAGGGUCCGCAACGCAACCAUCACCAUUCAGGCUUUUGCUCGGGGCAUGUUUGUCAGGAGGAUUUAUCGCAAGAUCCUCGCGGAGCAUAAGGCCACCAUCCUCCAGAAGUACACCCGUGGCUGGCUGGCCCGCACUCGCUUCCGCCGGGUCAGGGGUGCCACCAUCGUCCUGCAGUGUUACUACCGGCGCAUGAAGGCCAGGCAGGAGCUGAAGGCGCUGAGGAUCGAGGCCCGCUCAGCACAGCACCUGAAGAAGCUCAACAUUGGCAUGGAGAACAAGGUGGUCCAGCUUCAAAGGAAGAUCGAUGAGCAGAACAAGGAAUACAAACUUCUGAACGAGCAGCUCUCUAUGCUCACGUCAGCCCACUCCUCUGAAGUGGAAAAGCUGAAGAAGGAACUGGUGCAGUAUCAGCAGAGCCACCGGGGUGAUGGCAACCAGCUUGUCAGCUUGCAAGAAGAGAUGGAGCAGCUCCGGCUGGAGCUUGAAAAAGCUCAUGGUGAGAGGAAGGUUGUGGAAGACAGCUACAUUAAGGAGAAAGACCUACUGAGAAAGCGCAUAUCCGACUUGGAAGAAGAAAAUGCUCUCCUGAAGCAGGAAAAAGAAGAGCUUAACAGCAGGAUCCUGUGUCAAUCUGAAGAUGAAUUUGCACGAAACACAGUUGAGGAAAAUAUCCAGAUGAAGAAAGAGCUGGAAGAAGAGAGGUCUCGUUAUCAGAACCUGGUAAAAGAGUAUUCGAGGCUGGAGCAGAGAUAUGACAACUUGCGGGAUGAAAUGACUAUUAUAAAGCAAGCACCGGGGCACAGGAGAAACCCAUCCAACCAGAGCAGUUUGGAGUCGGAUUCCAAUUAUCCAUCCAUAUCAACCUCUGAGAUAGGAGACACCGAGGAUGUAAUACAACAAGUGGAGGAGGUCGGGAUGGAGAAAGCUGCCAUGGAUAUGACCCUCUUCCUAAAGCUACAGAAGCGAGUGAGGGAGCUUGAGCAGGAGAGGAAGAAGCUGCAAACCCAGCUGGAGAAAAAGGAGCAAGAGAGCAAGAAAUCCCAGGUAAUUGAAACGAAGACUGAAGUGACUUCAGACCACGAAGAUUUUGCAUACAACAGUCUGAAGAGGCAAGAGCUGGAGUCGGAGAACAAGAAGCUGAAAAAUGAACUUAAUGAGCUGAGGAAGGCUAUCGCAGACCGAGCAACCCAGAACAACUCAUCCAACGAUAUUCAGGACAGUUACAACCUCUUACUGAAUCAGCUGAAAUCGGCCAACGAGGAGUUGGAAGUGCGGAAGGAAGAGGUGCUCAUCCUGAGGACACAGAUUAUGAAGGCAGCCCAGCAAAAAGAGACAGGGAAAAACAUGGUAAUUGAGAGGGAAAGCAUCACUACUAAUGCCAGCUGGCCGAACAGUGACAAGCACAUUGAUCAGGAGGACGCGAUUGAAGCCUACCAGGGGAUGUGCGAGACGAACCGCAAGACUGAGGACUGGGGGUAUCUCAAUGAAGAUGGAGAGCUCGGCUUGGCUUAUCAAGGUUUAAAGCAAGUUGCCAGGUUGCUGGAAGCACAACUCCAGGAUCAGAGGAGAGAGCAUGAGGAGGAGGUAGAAGCUCUGAAAAACCAGGUGGAUGCAAUGAAAGAAGAGCUGGAGAAACAGCAGCAGGCUUUCCUGCAGACCCUGCAGCUGUCUCCGGAGGCCCAGGUGGAGUUUGGACUUCAGCAAGAAAUUACACGUCUCACCAAUGAAAAUCUGGAUCUUAAAGAAUUGCUAGAGAAGUUAGAGAAGAAUGAAAAGAAGCUGAAGAAGCAGCUGAAGAUUUACAUGAAGAAGGUCCAGGAUUUUGAAGCAUCACAAGUCACGGUACCGGCGGAGAGGAGGCAGCAUGAGCGUAACAUGCAAGUUGCCGUCCAGAGGAAGGAGAAAGAUUUUCAGGGCAUGCUGGAAUAUUAUAAAGAAGAUGAGCCACUCCUCAUCCGAAACCUCAUUACAGAUCUCAAGCCCCAGGCAGUGUCUGCUACUGUUCCCUGCCUUCCUGCUUACAUCCUCUACAUGUGCAUCAGACACGCGGAUUACAUCAACGAUGACCAGAAAGUGCACUCCUUGCUCACCUCCACCAUCAACGGGAUUAAGAAGGUGCUGAAGAAACACAACGAUGACUUUCAGAUGACGUCGUUUUGGCUGGCCAAUACGUGUCGCCUCCUGCACUGUUUAAAGCAGUACAGCGGAGACGCGGGUUUCAUGACACAAAACACACCUAAGCAGAACGAGCACUGUCUGAAGAACUUUGACCUGACCGAAUACCGCCAGGUGCUGAGCCACCUCUCCAUCCAGAUUUACCAGCAGCUCAUUAAGAUAGCAGAGGGCAUACUCCAACCCAUGAUCGUGUCUGCGGUGUUGGAAAAUGAGAGUAUCCAGGGGCUUUCCGGUGUCAAACCGAUGGGCUACAGGAAUCGCUCCUCCAGCAUGGCAGAUGGUGACAGCUCCUACAGCCUAGACGCAAUCAUUCGCCAGCUGAACACGUUCCACAGCAUCAUGUGUGACCAGGGUCUGGACCCAGAGAUCGUGCAGCAGGUCUUCAAGCAGCUCUUCUACAUGAUCAACGCGGUUGCCCUGAACAACCUCCUGCUGAGGAAGGAUGUCUGCUCGUGGAGCACGGGCAUGCAGCUAAGGUUUAACAUAAGCCAGCUGGAGGAAUGGCUGCGUGGGAAGAAUCUGCAGCAGAGUGGAGCAGCACAAACUUUGGAGCCCUUGAUUCAAGCAGCACAGCUUCUGCAGCUGAAAAAGAAAACCUCGGAAGAUGCUGAGGCCAUCUGCUCCUUGUGCACAUCACUCACGACCCAGCAGAUUGUAAAGAUACUUAAUCUCUACACUCCUGUGAAUGAGUUUGAAGAACGUGUGACAGUAGCUUUCAUACGAGACAUACAGAUGCACUUGCAAGAACGAAAUGACCCUCCGCAGCUGCUCUUAGACUUCAAGCACAUGUUCCCAGUUUUGUUCCCCUUCAACCCAUCCUCCAUAACCAUGGACUCUAUUCAUCUCCCUGCUUCUCUCAACUUGGAAUUUCUCCAUAAAGUCUGAAGAAAGUACAAAUAAGCCCACCUCUCCUACCCAGAGACCUCCAGCAAAGAAAGAAAAAUCACAAAAGGAAUUUAAGGAGCUCUUUAAAUAUGGACCAAACAGGUUUAUGGAAGAACCAAUACACAGUAAUAAAUGGAUGCUAAACUGUACAGUAAAAAAAGAGACUGAUCUGUAUGUGAUUUUUUUUUUUUUUGGUAAUUUGCAGCUCAGAAUAAGGAUACUUGAAAUGUAGAUUUAUUUUUUACUGUUUGAUUUUAUGUUGACAUAGUUCAAAGCCCAUAAUCAUCUCCAAAAGCCACUAACAAAAAAGAAUGGUGAGUGGGAGGCAACUUACUUGGAUCUUCAUAGGUGUCUAUGAAGAAAUGACAGUUAAAUCAAAAACAAAAUCUGAGACACUUAUGCUGCCUUGAAGGACGUGUGAUUUGCCUAAUAGCUAGGUGGUUUUGUAUGCGUUAAUAACGGGACAUGCAAUUCUGCCUCCUGUUCUUGCUAGUAACUGUAUUGCGAUAGUGAGUUGAGAAAGUAAAUUGCAGAAGGUGCAAGUACCUAUUUAUCACGCUGGUUAAGGUAACGGGCUUGGACGCUGCUUGUUUCCAUUGACGUGGAAUUUGUCACAAAUUCUAUGUUUGAGACAUGCUGUUGCUCCUCCUAACUACAUCCAGUGCAUCUGCUUCAUGGGAAUUCAAAUAAAUUGGCGGUUUGGACUUUCUUCCAUUACCAAGUUUACAUUAGUGACUUGCAAAGGUUUUGUCCUAGUGAAAUAAUGUUGAGACAAGGGACUGCCUUAGGCCUCCUGCUUCUAGUAUAGACAAGCAUCAUCCUGAUCCAUAGUGUUGGCUCUCCCUGUGCUUUUAAAAGCCAAAAACUUUCAUCUGGUGGCUACUGAGGUUCUUAGACCUCUUACAUGGCCUGUAUCAGAAUCUCAUGCAUAGGUAAGACGUGCUAAUGCAACCCAGUUUAAUAUUUGGGUCCCCAGUCCUACUUAGGUUCGGUGGGUUAGUCCUAGCCAUAGCAGUCCAUGGAAAAACUCUAUUCAGUUCAAUAGCCAUCCGAAAUUUUACCAGUCAUGCAAAUGCAGGGUUUAGAUAAAUGAAGAAUACUUAAAUAAAAAAAAAAGAGUUUUAAAACAAAAGGGAAUGGGUAAGCAAUGAAACGUUUUAACACAAAAAAUUUUUAAGAUAGCGUGUUAGUAAUGUAAGCCAUUUCUUUAAGAGUGAACACGAACUCUUUGUCUACAACAAGCUUAAAGGAAUAAUUGCAAUCAAUUCAAAUUCUGUUAGGAUUUUUUUUAAGCUAACUUAUAAAUUAAAACCAAUCCUCUGACCUCACCAGGUAGACAUUGAAAGGGGCCAGCCACUCACAAAAGCAGCCAUUGAUUUUUCUCGGUACUUACCACGACACGCUGACUUCUCGGUUACUGCAGAGAGCCACCCUCCUUGCUGAGAAGGAGGAAAGGUGGGUUCCCGAGGCUGAGCGAUGUUGUACGAAGACCCUGAUGGUGAUGCUUCUGCCGUAGCUCAGCGUGCCAAAAUGCAACGAAGGUGUCUGGCAGCAGCGAAAGCCCCGCUCAUCUUAGCGCUGGGAGCAUUUCGCCCUUUCCACUUCCAUAGCGGUCUCGUCUAAGGAGAUCUUAACUUACCUGCUUUUGUGGUUGCCGUUCCUGAAGUCUCGGCAAUUCCGCGAUGAUUAAGAGCUUUCAGAAAAACCUCUCUGUAUCUGACUACUUUUAGAGUUGGUGUAAAUCAUAUCCAAACAGCACGUUUAUGACCAGGUACCCUGUCUGCUCAGAGGAUUAAAAUAGAAUGUGAAGUCUCUUAAAGAUAGGCUACAUCCCACCAUGCUGCAGUCACCUUUUUAGGUAAGGAGUAUGUUUUGAUUUAAACAUCGUGUAUAUAAUCUAUGUAUAUACAAACUGUAAUAGUCCUGUAUGUACUAUAUAUGUAUAUUACUAUCCAGAAAGCACAUUUUUAAAGAAAAAGUUGAGUGCUGUGAAGAAUUCUUUCAAAUGGACUAUGGUUUAGUACAGCUGUUACCAGUGAAGGACAGACUUAAGGCCAUUUCCUAGGGAGAAGUUAUCUUUUCCCCUAACCGUCACCCAGCUAACGAUAGAAGAAAAUGUAUUGCUUGUAUAGUACCAGCACUACCUCCAAGCGACAGUCCUUGAGCACUUGCAUCUACUACGUAUAUUCAGUAGUGCCUUCAUCUCCCCUUCGUAUACACUAAGGAUAACGCCACCAUUUUGCUGUCUGUGCCCAGCAAGCCCGUGCUCUUCUGCCACUUGCUCAGCUAUGAUAUUUUUAUUUAUCGUACCUACCUCUUUUCACGUUUGCAAAUGAAUGUUUUUGCAAUGCUCUGUAUUUAAUUUUUUUAAUGGUAGCCUAUCCCUUUUUUCCCACACUAUAGUCAUCACAGUUUAAAAAUAAAAAUAAUUCAAAGCAGAAUUCAGUCUUUGUGUAAGGCGGUUUUAACAUAGCGCUAUUUCUCAGAAUUCAUCUUAGGCCAGCAGUUUCCUCUCAGGCUCUUCAGGUCUCUACCUCUCUCUGAUGUAAAUUAUUCAGAGUAUGAUUCCCAACAGAUUGAUUAAACCAAUGGUUGUCAUUCAGACUAAAUGACAGGUUGCUGCAGAAUCCUCUUCUGCAACGAUUUUGUUGCUGAUCGCAAUUAGAAAAUGUGGUUAAUGGCCUUUUAGGGGAUAAUGGUCUUUUGCUGGCAUUUUCAGGAUCAUGAUUUACAUGUACAACAAAGAGACUUUCUUAAAAACUCUUGGUAUGUAUAGAUGGGAACUGGGAUUUAAUGUCUUGAUCUGUGACAAUGUAGUUUAUCCAUUAAAAUCCAUCUGGAAGAGGACUCUAUGAAAUAUCUUUAAUAUGUCUUUUCUGUUAGCGAUUUUUUUGAAUUUGUUUUUAAAUGUUAAUUUUGUUAAAUUACUAUGCUCAAGCAUGCCUGCCUUUCCUCAGAUUGGCACUUCUUUAUUUAAUUUAACACAAAGCAUGGCUUUGAGAAAGCUGGCUGUUUCCCAGUUCUGUCUUUAUUUUUAAAUAUUGAUUAUUAAGUUGAGCAUUUUCCCACUGUGUGCCUUUAGCUGUUACUAAGGUAACUGACUUCUCAACCGCUGUUUCUCUGAAACAAGCAUUAAAAUGUGGGAAUACUGUUAUUGUUCUGUCAUAAAAAGUUGUCUGUGGAUGUAUAAGUGCUUAUAAAAUUUCACUCUGAGGAGGUCUGCAAAAACACUUUGAAGUUCCUAGGGAAAAAAAAAAAAACCUGACCCAUGCUGAUUUUUGCAUGUAUAAUGUAUCUCAGAAAAGCACUAUUGGGAAUCGGAAAAAAAAAAAAACAAACCAAAAAGAAACCCCAUCAAAAAAUGAAACCCCCAAAAAACCAUAUCACACAAACCACCACCGCUAUGAAAUGAACACUUCAAACUGAAGUUCAGGCACAUGCUGUCUGGCCUAUGAAAAGCAUCCAGAACAAUGUACACGCUUCAUUUUCACCAAAAACUUGCUUUGAUUUUUUUUUUUUCCUUUUUUUCUUUUAUUGGCAUUUUGUAGCUAAGGUUGCUUAUCUUUUGGCUGGUAAAGCUGUUGUAGUUGUUGACUGUAGAAAAGAACAUUAGACAUGAAACUGAAUUUAUGCAGUCCUACAUCAUAAACGUUUUUUGCUCAUGCAGUUUAUUUCCCUGUAUCUAAAAGAAGGACUUCUUUGUAUGAGUGAAACAGUAGCAAAAUGUGGGCAUGUUUCAGAGUUUAAGCCUAGUGGCUACCUUUCCUGAUACUGCAACUUAAACACUGAAAUCACACCACCACCUAAAGUCUUUGCAAGAUAUGACUCUCUAUUUGUGUGAUUUGCAAAAGAUACAAGUGAAAAAGAUGCACUUGAAACAACAGGUCGUUUUCCUCAUUUUCAAUAGUAAAUGAAAAAAACUGUGCAAACUUAUUCUUUCAGACCAUAUUUAACUGAAAAAUUAGCAUUUUGCCAUUGCAUAUAAAUAUAAUCUAAUUAAAACAAAUUGCAUGAACUGCCAUGAGGCUUCUUCCUCCAACUUUAUUGAUUCACAUAUAUAUUACAGUCAUAAAUUGAUUAUUUUUUUUCCUGAAUGAAGUUCUAGUAACGUAGAUGUUAAGUAAAACAAUCCAGAGGACAUAUUCCCCAAUGAGUAUACAAAUUAUUUCAAAAUGUAAAUGCCAGUGGACAAAGACUUUCGAAUUAAGUUGAAAUUAGGAGAAAACAAAUUAUCAAAAAAUGUGCUACUACAGUGCAAUGUCUAUUUUGUUUGUUUGUUUGGGGGGGUUGUGAAGUCUCAUUACCUUAACGGGCAGAAGGUAUAGCUGCUCUCAAAGGAGUUGAAUGAUAUACAGGAGUGAAUACUGUAGAUGAAAUACUACUGCUUAUAAAAUAUUUUUCCAUUUUGAACAAAUCUGUAAACUACACCUUUGUUUAUAGGAAAUUGCUUGUAAUAGUCACUGUAAUAUUCAGCUGUGGAUAAAAAAAAUUUGUGAAAUAAACACUUUUGAAGAAACUGGGA